AUGUGCAAGUUGUCGUCGUCGGCAUCGCCGGCGCAACUCAAGAACAAGAUCCUGGUGAAGGGGAAGAGGCUGAACAGGCUGGAGGAGGUGACGGAGAGCGAGGACGUGAGCGACGAGGUGUCUGACGAGGACGAGGCAGCGGAAAUGGAGAACGAAGCAGUCACCAAGAAAGCGGGGAGCAAGAUAAAGUUGUCCAAAGAGCUGUCGGAUCUCGUGAUCUAUUGUCGUAGUGUGCACUUCACCGAUUUCGAGCAUUCCAAGGCUCACCAGGUCUUCUACGAGAUGUCUUCCUUUGUGGAGGGAAAGUUCUCUAAACUGGUCCAGGACUCAGACAAUCCCUUCAUUCAUCUCAACGCCCGGCAACUGAGCCGAAUCUAUCCCGCCGGGUUACGGACUGACUCGUCCAACUACAGCCCCAUAGAAAUGUGGAACGCAGGCUGUCAGCUUGUGGCCUUGAACUUCCAGACCCCAUCGGAAGAGAUGGACAUCUAUCAGGGAAAGUUCCGGCAGAAUGGCUUCUCUGGCUACGUUUUGAAGCCAAAGUUUCUGAGGGACAAGAGCACAACGUUCGACUCCAAGAACCUCAGACAUGGGGAGUGGUUGACGCCAAUGAAGCUGCACGUGAUGGUCAUCUCAGCACAGCAGCUCCCGAAGGACAAAAAGAGGUCCAGCUCCGUCAUUGACCCCCUGGUGACGGUGGAGGUGUUUGGUGUGGCUCAGGACAACGCCAAGAGGGUAACAGACCACAUCCCUAACAAUGGGCUUAAGCCGAUGUGGAACUCGAACUUUGAGUUUGAUGUGAGUGUGCCCGAGCUCACACUGAUCCGCUUCCUGGUGGAGGACUACGACGCCUCAUCCAGAAACGACUUCAUUGGACAGUUCACACUUCCCGUUACAAGCCUGAAACUGGGUUACCGACACAUCCACCUGCUGACAAAAGAAGGAAACCCACUUCCCUCCGCCUCUCUCUUUGUCCAUAUCAUGGUCCUGGAAAAUUGAUGGAGCCUUCGAGACAUCAGCAGAUUAGACCUCACACUCCGAGCCAAGAGAGGAGCAGGAAGAGUCGGACAAACAGACCUCGAGUUUUCCCUUCUCCCUCCCUCCCUGUCUCCCUCCCACCCCCACGCCCCAAAAAACAGACCAAUGAGACCUUCCUCUCCCUCUCGCUGUGACUCUGGGGAUCAGUGGCUGCAGGUUCUUUGCUGAAAGUUUUUUUUUGUUACUGUACGUUUCUCACCCGAAUGUUUUACCUUAACAUUAAAGCGGUGAAACGCCUCAGGCCAUUCACCCACACAGGACAGAGCACAUGAAUGACUGCUGCACUCCCUUCCCCACGUGGCUCACUGUCCUGGUGUAUCCAUUUUAAUUAAAGAUGAUCUAAAUCGC